AUGGAGUCGCAGCUCGCCAACUUGCACCUGGAUGGCGGCUCGACGGCAGAUCUCAAGCAAGGAUCCAGACCGUCACAUGCACAGGCAUCGCACGGAAACAGACAUGUUCAUCCUACAAACUCGUCACUCCGACCUCUGGCGCCUUCCAGCUCAAUUGCGUCCAACAUGGGUAUCAAUAUGGGUGUCAACAUGCAGCACUUCAACCGUCUAGCUGCCUCCUCAACGGGGCUCACGAACCCCAACAGCAUUGCACAAGGCAUGAGCCGAGCUGCGCAGCAGCCGCUCAACGGAUCGAGACCUAGCACACAACAACAGCCUACGCAGGCACAUAUCAAGAGUCGACCUCCUAGCGUUGCUGGCGGACUGAAUGCUGCGGCUGGUCCUUCGUAUCGUCCAGCGGCGCCUGCUGCUCAAUCUACCAAACAACCAGCUAGUGCUGGAUCAGCCGUAGCAUCGGUUGAUUUGGGACGAUAUGACGGUGGUCUGGAACGCGAUGAAGCACGCGGACGUCGAGGAACGAUGCAAUUCGAUCCGCUCACGCUUUCCUCUGCCGAUGCUGGGAAACAACAUCCACCAACCCGCGUGUGGUCGCUCAAAGACUUCGAAAUGGGUCGACCUCUUGGCAAAGGCAAAUUCGGUCGCGUGUACAUGGUUCGCACUCGCGCUGCACCCAACAAAGGCUACAUUAUCGCCCUCAAGUGCAUGUACAAAAACGAGCUAGUCGAGAACAAGGUGGAAAAACAACUUCGAAGAGAGAUCGAGAUCCAGAUGAACCUCCGCCAUCCUCAUAUCCUUCGACUUCACGGAUACUUCCACGAUGAGGGCCGAGUCUUCCUCAUGAUCGAAUUUGCUGGUCGUGGGGAGCUCUACAAAUUGAUGAACAAACUACACGAUCGAAGGUUCGAAGAAAAGGUUGCAGCAACCUACAUCGCGCAGAUGGCAGACGCUCUAUCAUACCUGCACAGCAAGCACGUCAUUCAUCGCGACAUCAAACCAGAAAACCUUCUAUUGGGUAUCAAAGGCGAUCUCAAGAUUGGUGACUUUGGAUGGAGCGUUCACGCCCCUGGAAACCGUCGUCAGACUCUGUGUGGUACCUUGGACUACUUGCCCCCCGAGAUGGUAAAUGGAGAGCAACACGAUAAGGCAGUAGACCUGUGGGCAUUGGGCGUGCUGUGUUACGAAUUUUUGGAAGGUGUUCCUCCGUUUGAAGAGCUGGAAAACGCUCCCGCAGGCACGUACAAGAGAAUCAACAACAUCGACUUCAAGAUCCCUCGACAUUUCAGCCCCGAAGCUGCCGAUCUGGUAAAGGCACUGCUAAAGAAGAAACCAGACGACAGGCUACCCUUGACCAAAGUGCUGAGGCAUCCGUGGAUCAUGAAGUACGAUCCAGAUGCUUGUCGUCGUGCGUCUCGUGGCAAAAUUCAGUAA